AUGUAUAGUUCGUAUCGUAGAACUCUGAAUCAUAGAUGGAACAGUGUAAUUGACACCAGCCAAGCUCGCUCCUUCGUUGCACUGGCGGCUUCGCCUAGGUCUUCAUCGCAUGCUACCAACAGAAAAUCACGCUCUGUUCACACUAAUUCACGACUUCAACCGGCAUAUCCUGGCCACAUACCACUCACCCCAUUCGAAAACGGAGUUCUCGCAGUUGGCUCUGCACUCAUGUCUCUCAUAGAUACUCGUCGCGCGGGCAAGCACCUCAUCAUCUUUUACAGUGGGUACAUUUUGCUAACGAGUCCAUUAGACAUGGUUGCAGCUUGCGGAGAAACCACUGCUGGGCCAACUCUGGUAAAGUUGAGGGAUACAAUGUUGGAGUCUCCAGAGGGUCGGCGCAUUCUCAAAGAAAUGCCACGUAUCAAUUCGCAGACCUUGGACUGGCAGAAGUUGCGGUCCCUUCCAGAGAACACCUUUGGACGUGCUUAUGUGAGGUGGCUUGACGCUUGCAAAGUCACACCUGAUUCUCGAGAGCCCGUACACUACAUUGAUGACCCAGAGCUGGCAUAUGUUAUGCAGCGCUAUCGCGAGACGCACGACUUGUAUCACGCCCUCUUUGGAUUGAAAGUCUCCGCCCUUCCCGAACUUGCACUCAAAGCGUUUGAGUUUACGAAUCUAGGCUUCCCCAUGACUGCAUUAUCCCUGGGAGCCUCAAUAAGACUCAAGUCACCCCAGCGGGCCCGACUUUGGGGGGAAUUUAUCCCUUGGGCUGCGAGAUGCGGGAGUCAUGCGAGAUGCCUGCUUACAGUGUAUUGGGAGGAGAGAUGGGGACAGGAUCUGGACGAAAUGAAGAAGGAAUUUGGUGUCUGGGAUCCACCAGCAGGAAUUACCAUCCCGCGACCCUCGCGUAUUGACCUCCCCUGA